AUGACUUCCCAACAAAAAUAUCCCGGAUACGAAGAACUUUCGUCUUAUUUGACGCAAAGCAAAAACAAAUCUUUCUGGAGUUUUCUACUACGUUAUCGAGAUGCGAUUGUUGCAACCACUCUGGCCGAUUCCCGUUGGCGCAAUCUUGAUAACUCAUGGGCUACUAACUUCAUAGAAGAAGCAAGAAAACUUGAAAGAGAACGCCGUGCGAAAAAGUUCGAAGAUUAUUGGAUUGAUGUAAUUAAGGAGGGUAAAAUAAAACGAGAAAUAUUGGAGUACGAAAUAGAAAAGGAGCAAAUUCUGAACGAAAUCAAUG